UUCAGUAACACCUUUAAAGAAUUAAAUCUGUCAUUGUUCCAUCCAAAAAAAGAUCAGUGUGACACUUACUGUGCCUUCAAAGCCGGGAACAUCGAGGCUGCUGUGUGGGAGGAACACUGCGUUAAGAAGGACGAGGCACGAGCAGAAAAGGAUAGGGACAAGCAACUUGCAAAUAACACCACCUCGGUUGCAUGCAUGGAUCUGCAGGGCCUUCUCCUCUGCCCAAAGCUUCAAGCGUUUUGCCCUCUACUUCAAAAUGAAGCUUGGUGUCCAUAAUUUUACCAUCUACAAUAUGGCAUCACAUGAAGCGACAAAUUACCUUUGGCAUGAGGGUGAGGGGGGGGUCUCUGCCAAUGAGUUUGCCUCCUGCAUUGUGGACUAUCUUGAAACACACCUCACUCACACUGAAUUCAUUCUUUGGAGUGAUGGGUGUGGUUAUCAAAAUCGAAACCUGGUCCUGAGCAAUGCCCUCUUAAAGUUUGCCACUGAAAGAAAAAAGCAAGUGACGCAGAAGUACCUUCAAAGAGGCCACACACAGAUGGAAUGUGACUCUGUGCACAGUGUGAUCGAAAGAAAGUUGAGGAACCGAGAUGUACAUGUUCCAGCUGAGUAUGCUGCAGUCAUUCGGGGAGCUCGUUCAACUCCAAAACCAUACGAGCUGAAGUAUGUUGAUUACAGCUUUUUCCAAGACUUCAGCAAAGUGAAAAUCUGCAAGUCAAUUCGACCUGGUAGCAAAGCAGGCGAUCCUACGGUGCAUGACCUCCGAGCAGUCAGAUACAAUGUGGACGGCAGUAUGGAGUUCAAAUUACUCCACUCCGACAACUGGCAACCCUUCACAUCCCCAUCCCUGAGGAAGGCGUGUGUCAGCGUGGCCCCACUCUAUACAUCCCCCCAGAAAAUUAAAGCACUGAAGUUCAAGCACCUUCAAGAACUGAAACAUGUCUUACCGAAGGACUUUCAUCCAUUUUAUGAUGCACUUGACCAUGAGUGAUGGUCAGCUCAAAUAGCACAAACAAUAACAUACACACCACUAUUAAACAUUAUUUAUUUAUUUAUUAAUAAAAGCCAGUGUGGUUUUUCUGACUACCUAUAUACAUGUCUUAUUGAUUAAUGUAUUAAUGAAAUGUUAUAUUUAUUGAGUAUUGACAAGUAAUUGUUUAUGUGCAUGUUUGAAAACGACUUGGUUUUAUCUGUUGAACUCUUGGAAUUCCUAUCUGCCAAUCUGACAGGAAAGACAUGAUUAAAAUCUUGCAUUUAGGCAAGUUGCUAUUUUAUAAUUCCACCUGUAGUAGCAGUAGUGAGUCUAAUUAGCCGUAACUGCUUAAACAGGAACGGGCUAGUUGGAGUUUAGUGAAAUGGCAGCUUCAUUUUUCCUUUUCUUUUCUGCAAUACAGUGCCAAAUAAAUAUUCUUUUGAUGAUAGCCUGG